GAGGCAAAUGUGGAGGGGGUGGAUUUGGAUACGCCAUUUUGUCUUGUCGCUUCGCUUGUCUUGUCGUUUGAUCGAUCCAACCAAGCGUCGAGCUAUUUACGUUACGUUGCAAUAUUUGAGGGGUAAUUUCACAAUAAUUUUAUUUUACAAGUGGAUUUGGGUUAAACUAUGCAAAUGCAUGCCAUGAAUCAAUUCGGAAGAGGUUAUGGAGGGCCACCUCAGCCACAGAGACAGGGUGGCCGCCGUGGAAACCGCGGAGGAAUCGGUGGCUUCCGUAAUAAUUCAAGAUUCGAGCACAACCAGCGAAAUAAUCCAAAUAUGCAAGGCGGUCAACGACCCAAUAAUGAGCAGAAUAAAUUCCAGCAGAACAAGCCUCAGCAGCAAGGUGUGAAACCAGUGCAACAGCAAGCUCCAGCCCAACAACCAGCUCCAGCCAAUCAACAGGCUCAACAGCAACCUGCUCAACAACAACCACAGCAGCAGAAACCGGAAACUGUGACACCACAGGCACAACAACAGAAACCAUUGCAGACUACCCCUGCUAAAGCAGAAUCACAGGACAAAGUAGAUAAAGCAGUUGUUGAUCAGAAGCCCCAAAACCAGGGCAAUGUUCAGCAGAGUCCACAACAAAAUAAUCAGGCCAAGAAUGUCAAUGGUGGGCAAUUUGGCAAUAAGCAGGGAGGCUGGCAAGGUGGCCAAGCUAAUAAACCACAAGGAGGCAACUUUAACCAAGGAGGUCAAGGUAAUAAGCCACAGGGUGGCAACUUCGGCCAAGGGGGUCAAGCUAACAAAUCACAAGGAGGUAACUUUAACCAAGGAGGCCAAGCUAAUAAACCACAGGGUGGCAACUUUGGUCAAGGAGGCCAAGCUAAUAAGCCACAGGGAGGCAACUUUGGACAGGGUGGUCAAGCUAAUAAACCCCAGGGAGGCAAUUUUGGUCCAGGUGGCCAGGCAAAUAAGCCCCAAGGAGGCAGUUUUGGGCAGGGUGGCCAAGCUAACAAGCCCCAAGGAGGCAAUUUUGCCCAAGGUGGCCAAGCUAAUAAGUCACAGGGAGGCAACUUUGGUCAGGGUGGACCUAAUAAUAGUGGUCAACAAAACAGACCAUUUGUACCAAAGACAGGUGGACCACAAGGUGGUCAACAGGGAGGACCACAUGGGGGUCAGCAAGGAGGUGGUCCACCUCGCAAUCAGUCAGGGAAGCGCCCACUUGAUGGUAACAAGCCAGUGCAGAGAGAGGAACAUAUGCUAGCAAAUAAAUUAAAGGAGUUGAUGGGACCACUAAUAGACUUGCAACCAAUUGAUCAGACUGAAGUGAAGUUCAAUGGUAGAAGUCGCUUGUACAUUGGCAAUCUUACCAAUGAUGUUUCUGAAGAUGAGAUCCAGAAUAUGUUCAAAGAAUUUGGAGAAACUGCUGAGCUGUUCUUGAACAAAGAGAAGAACUUUGGUUUUAUUAAAAUGGAUUACAGAGUGAACGCUGAGCGCGCGAAACGUGAGUUGGAUGGAAAAAUGCGAAGUGGUAGGCCACUGAGAGUCAGAUUUGCACCACACAACAGUGCAGUGCGCAUUAAGAACCUGCCCCCGUUCGUAUCCAACGAACUCCUGUACCGCGCGUUCGAGAUCUUUGGCAAAAUUGAGAGGGCUUACGUAAGAGUUGAUGAGAGAGGGAAGACUCUCGGAGAGGGAGUUGUAGAAUACGCGCGGAAACCCAGUGCAUUGGCUGCUAUCAGAAAUUGUACGGAAAAAUGCUUCUUUUUAACAUCAUCGCUACGCCCAGUAAUCGUGGAAAACUUUGAAGAACCAGAUGAGUUUGAUGGUUACCCCGAAAAGAACUUGCCAAAGAAGCAUCCGGAAUUUUUGCGUGCCCGCGAGCUUGGGCCGCGUUUCUCGGAGCCCAGCAGUUUUGAGCACGAAUAUGGCACAAGGUGGAAGCAGCUGCACGAGCUACAUCGCCAGAAAGAGGAGGCGCUGAAGAAGGAACUGGCCGCAGAAGAGGAGAAACUUGAAGCUCAGAUGGAAUAUGCCAAGUACGAGCAUGAGACGGAGUUGCUGCGCGAGCAGUUACGCCAGCGCGAGCAGGACCGCGAGCGACAGAAGCGCUCGUGGGAGAUGGCGGAGCGCGCGGCCGAGGAGCGGCGCGAGCAGGAGCGCGCGCACCUGCUGCGCACCGAGGAAGAGCUGUCGCAGCGCAUGCGGCGCCAGGACGACGAGCUGCGCCGCCGCCAGCAGGAAAACACGCUCUUUGUACAGGCGCAAAGGCUCAACUCAAUGUUGGAUCGUCAAGAACAGGGCAUGUUCGACCAACAGCAGCCAAUGGAUGGAGGCUUCAGAGACCAGUUCGAUAUGGGACGAGGCGGCUAUGACGACAUGCCACAAGGGCGCGGUUGGGAGGGGCCCCGCCAAAUGGAUGAUUACCCUAACAAACGUCGCCGAUUCUAGGUUGCGAAAUGUUGGAGCUCCUAAGUUGGCGACGCGACGCCAUCCAACUAUGCAAAUUCCACACUUAUCUUUGUACCGAGUCCUUGGUUAGGCAAGCAAAGGGAGAUUAUUCUGUAAUCUACUAGGUUAAAUAGGUUAUGUCGUGUUGAAUGUUUCUUUUCUAUCCACGUACAUAGUUACAAUACUUAGAAUGUUUUUACAAAGUUAUAUGACGUAAGUCGCGGUUUCGACGCGCUCUCUAUCUACCCGUUGUUUGUUCUAACCGAUGGCUUGCCUGCCUUGGCAGGAUUGUCAGUAAAUUGUCUAACACUGAACUUGAAUUACUUAGCCGUAAAUUACCAUUAUUAUAAAUUAAAUAUUAUAAGUAUUUUAAAUUUUGAAACUGCAAACGUCUUCAUCUCAUCCGUAGUUAUUGAUCGUUAUCAUAACUACACUAGGAUAAUUUCAAUCAUCGAUACAAUAUCAUUCUGCGCAUCAACCACCGUGCUUCACUCUCCAAUAUAUUAAUGACAUAUACUUUCAUAUUCAAUCAUCAUAUGUAUAGUUAGGUAUUGGGAUAGUCUCAAAUUAAGUAACGUAAGUUGUAAUUUUUAUAGUUUGAUCACAUGGAUGUUAUUUUUAUAUUUUGUGGAGAAACGUAACCUUUCUAAAGUUCAUUUAACGAGACCCUCGGAAAACUAUAGUGAAAGCUACUUACGCGUUAUGUCACACGAUGUGGCUCUUAGUUAUAAUUUUGACUUUAAAAAGAUAUUUAUUUAUAAUAAAAAAGGUAAAUAUAUAUCACGUUUUGUGAAAGGAAGUAUUAUAUAUGAAUGAAUUACGAUGAUGGUUGCAAUGAAAAGUUGGUUUACAAUUAUUUUCGUGAGCAUAUUAAAGAUAGUACAUUAUGUUAAUUUUAUAGUAGUAGUAAUGUAGGUAGUGCGAAUUAUUCAAAGUUCGUAAUUUCGGCAGUAUAUUUUAUUUAAUAAACUAAGCUCUUUACGUGUAUCUGAUGUUUUUUUCUUUAAAAUUCACCCGUUUAUUUUCUAACAUAUUUUAGUUAUAAAUAACAUGGUUGAAAGUAUUCUAUUAUUGCAAGCUUUUAGAUGCAUGCGUUGAGUAGUGAAAUGCUUCGACCACAAUUUUUUCGUUACGAGCAUACGGUCGAAUCGGUCUGCACUUGAAUAUUUAGAUAAUAACAAUAAAAUAACUACUAGUUUUAAACUCCAUUUCAUUUAUGUCGUACGUAACAUAGUUACAUAAUAAGGAUCUUUGUCAUAAUUCAAAGUAAUACUUGUGGUACUAGAUACGCAAGGGCGGUUACCGGUUAAAUACAAGUUCAAAUUCAAGAGUAGUUUAAGCGAGCUUAUAUAGGACGGAGUGAUAUUACAACCCUAGUUUAGACUCAGCAUCUUUAAAGUACAUUACUGAAAACAUAAUAUUGCAUUAUCAUAUAAGUUGAUAUCUACCAUGUGAUAAUGAUGAUGUCCCUCGCGACGUAGGGUGCUGGAUUCAAUUCCUUCGAUGCGCAUGGAUCUGGCUCGCAAAUCCAAACUUUUCCUUGAAGGUAUGGCUGCAGGAUGCACAUUACAUUGGCCACUGUCAUUAUAGUCAUGGGACUGUCACAUGUACCAUGUGCUUAAUGGAGGAAAUAACCUUUUUACUUACUUACUUUACAGCAAACUAAAUAUGUGUAGUAUGUAUUUUGAUUCAUAAGGUACAUAUCUAUCCAUUAUAGCGAACCAUAUUUAUAAUACCAGCCUUUAACUUUCUCACAAACAAGUCUUAAUUUGGCUAGAUACAUCUUAUUUUAUUUGACAUUUAAUUUUGUCAAUCAUACCAAUGGUAGUCUUUCUAGGAUUAUAACAAGGAUCCUACGUUUGUAACCAUUAUACAACAAAUAUGUUUUUGCAAAUUAUAGCCUCUUCAGAUUAAUUGUUAACAGAAAAAUAAUUUUUGUUUCAAGUAACUCUUGAAUGUUAUCUUAGACGACUACUCAUAUCACAGGGAGUUUUUUAUGAUUCGAGAUCAAUCAAUAUAUGUGGCGCGAGUGUUGCUACAUGUAUAUGUAUGGCUUAACACGUCUAAUCACAUUAUAUCUUAGUCCAAAAGAUACUGAAUAAACAAAGGUACAUUUCAGUAUUACGAUUCCAAAGAUACUUCAAGGAAACCUCAAUUCACGUUUGAAGACGUUUCGUUUUCCAUCGGGAACAACUCUUCCCUACCUAUUUAUAUUUCGGAUGGUGGUGACUAUUCUGUCCCAUUCUUUUAGUCAAAGUGACUGACUUAGACGUCACUUUAUAUUUUCUACAGGACAAAUAAAAGGUGAACAAGUAAGUAUAUCAUGUACACGAGUAUUGAAGCAAAUAAAAGGAAGUGGACACAAUAUACAACAUACAGACACUCAUUGAAUAAUACACCUGAAACAAUACACAUUCACACUCCUUCAUACUUUCCGUCCUAGUCAGAUUUUUUUUCAAUUUAAUUUUCUCUUUGUGAGUUUCCCUAAGCACGGGUGAGUGCUAUAAAAACAAAAAUCACUUAUACAUUUACACACUUUUGUGUGAUAUGUGUGUAAUAAAUACUUAGUUUGAGUAGCACAUACACAUUAUGUACAGAGUACAUACACGUCUCUCCCGCCGUUUGCUUCUGGUACAGAACGUCAAAAUUUCUUGGAUAAUAAUUUCAAGGAUGUUAUUCUGGGUGAACAAUGAGAAAAACUACGGCUUUGUAAAAAUAGACCGAAUGAAGCCAGGGGGAACUUUGUCGAAAGGUUUUAACUAUUGCGGUUCUAUGCGCAAUACAUUUUUACAUUGGAUUUAUGAGAAUGUCCAAAACAGGCGAUACGAUUUCGUUCACUACACUGGAUAGAACGAACCAUUGUUUUUUACAAAACGAAGACUAAACCGGCUUCAUAAGAACUGCGGGUUCAAGUCCCGUCCGAGUCUGAAAUGUUUUCGAUUUAAUUUUCUCUUUGCGAGUUUCCCUAAGCACGGGUGAGUGCUAUAAAACAAACAUACAUCACGACCAAAUAGUCCCAGGCUUUGGCCUGGCGGUGGGGCACAUUUUGAAAUAGGGUAGUGUCCAAAUAGUAAAAUCAGUUUUUAUCUAAACAAGAAACUUGCUAUAGGAUUUGUAUGAAAACACACUAUAAAACGUGACAAAAUAUCAAAGUUAUUGUUGCGUCUUGCGUAAAUAUGUUAAAUAGAACAAAUAAAAUGUUUUUAAUUAUUUUAAACCUGUUAUUGUUGUUGUUGCUGUAUGUUGUUUAAUAAUUAACAUUUCGUAAUUUAUUUUUCACCUAGGACACUACCCAAAUAUGGACUAACAUUUAUACACAGGCCAUAAUUCGUCAUCUUAAGGAUUUCGGAAUUCAAAUCGCCUUGCAGGGAUGGGGGAUUUAUGUAUACUUCUUCUAUAGUGUGAGUUGUGAGGUGGAUGAUCAGCCCAGCAAUCCUGGUGUCAGGGUUAUUAUUGGGCCCCCAGAGGCCUGACAUGGCUCACGUACCGACUACGUACUUAUGUCAGUAAAUAGUAACCAGGUCCAACGGUUUUACGUGCCUUCCGAAGCACGAAUUAUCUUACAAACUGGAGACAAUCUCACCAAGUGUUUUUUUGUUGAUGUGUCACCGGGGCUCGAACCCAGGUCCUCGGGAUCGUGAACCCAACGCUCAGCCAUUGGACCACGGAGGCCGUUGUAUACUUGAUUCAAUGCUAAUAUUGUUUUAGAAAUAUGAAGUCCCCACAGUGAUAUUUAAUAUCUCUUCUUGUUGGGUUAUAAAAUCAAUGGAUUCGAUGGUGAAACAAAAAUGGGACUAUUGUUCAAUAGUAAUUGAUUUUUUGUUUCCAUUGAGGGUUGGGGUGUUGUGAAAUGAGGGUGAAUUUGCAUUCAAAAAUGAAGGGGCGCAGGCAUCGCAAGACAAUGCAGUAUUUCAAAAUGAAAUAGUGUUUUACCUUAUAUAAAAUAAUUGCGAUAAUAAUGAAAAUCAAUUUGGGACUUAAUAAGUACAUAAUUUAUUUUGUAUAAAGUAUUGACGCGCGUGUCAUACAUAGAUACCUCUACCUACAACAGGGAAGCUGUUGAAGUUGCAAUUAUUUUAAAUACAGUGUUAUACAACCUGUAUUUUAAUCUUUCCUCGGGGAUUUGGUUUUCUUUUCAGGUUUGACAGAGCUCAUUAAAUUAACACAGAAUUUGACAUUUACUGUCUUGUACUCCCAAAUAGUUGAAUCUUGUGAAUUCCUUGCUCAGGUCUUCAUUAUUAAAGUUAUUCUGAUUACGAAAUAUCUGUAGUUUCUACGCCUAUAUUGACGACAUCUAUUUUCUGUUAGUAGUCAUAUAUUUUUUACUUCUUUUGUUUCAUAAUCGCCCUUCUAUAAUCAAAGUAACCUCCAUAUCAAAUACAUAUUUCAAUAUAAACACCGUUAUUUUCAAAUGCUUCCAAUUUCAAUUAUAUCAAAGUUUCAUAUGCUUUAAAUGCAUUUUUCCAAACAAGAGCGCGUAUGCGAAUUUUUUUGUAACAGCACUUUGUAUUGAGGACUUAAGGAGAGAGAAGAUACACAAAGUUCAAGAAACGAUCUGCCAGAGUAUCAUUUCUGAGGACCACUCGGUCCUCCACCGUCAACGAAGAACUUAUCUCUUUCUAUGAAUUUCUGCGGAAUUACGUGUGGUAAGUUGGAACGUAAACUCUGCACACAGUGUAAGGAUAACGAUGGCACUAUUUUAGGAGUACCUUAUUAGAACAACAAAUAAUUAUUUUGUAAAUGUCGCUGUAAAAGUCCGUAAUGCGGUAAAUUCUGACAUUUACCAAGGUGAUGUUGGUAAAAGUUGGAAUUGUUUUACUAUAAUCGUUCAUUUUGGACUUUUAACCGGCAGGCACCUGGUUAACCUUAGAAUUUACAGAGAAUUUUGAGUCAUGGUUGUAAAGAAGAGAUGUUUACACAUGCACGGCAUACGAUCACCUCCGUGAUCUAGUGAAAUAUUAAGAUUUACCGUGCUUCGGGAUUUUGCAGUAACAUAUACAAAGUUACUCUGAAAAAGAAGCCAUUGUUGAACCUCAUACUAUGUCAACGUUUAUUUUAUAUUUCGAGAUUAAUAAUUUUAUACUAAAUCGUGUUAGGGACGAUUGCACAGCACUGAUUCGGAAAGUAAAGAUGCAGUUUUUUAUCUUGAAAUAUUUUUACUACGAUUUCUUGAAAUAUUUUAAUAUGUGUACGACGUCUGUGACUUAUUAUUUUAUCGAAUGUGGUUAAUUUCUAUGACACGUAUUAAACAUUUUUGUCAUCUGAAUUAACAUUUCGUUCCAUUUAAUCAGCGUUUUGACUGCGCCACGUACUCUAUCAACGUUUCGUUUCCUGGUGGUUUCUUAGUUACGUGUGAACUUGCUACGUAUUGAACAGAACACUGUUCUAGUGUCAAGUGAGGACAAUUAAGGUAGAAUUCAGUUUAGAAGCCUGUAAUAGGCUAGUUUUCAACUAGUCAAAUCAGUUACUUUUUACUAAACGUCAAAAAACGAAAUUACUAUGGAAUUUAAAAAUAAAAUUCAUAAAUAAGCUAAAUAGAAAAAAGAAAACGUUUUUUGUCACCUUUAGAUCUGUCUUUAUUUAGUAAUCAGAAUUUAAUAAUUUAUCUCUGACCUAGGAAACUACCUAAUUGUGACAGGCCCAUCAACUUAUUCAUUGCUCGUAAAAUAUACUGUUUUCACAAAUACGAUGUAUCAAGCAAUUAGACCAUAUUUGACCUGUUACGUGACACGGGGCCUUAUUCAAGUUGGACCUGAUUGUGACAAUCAAUAGUCACAGUGACAAAAAUGCGACAUAGCAAUCCUAUAUAUUUUUAUCACUGUCACUGUCAAUUGUCAUAAUCGUCUGCAAUUAGGCUAAGACCUCUGAUGGCGUUAGAAGACUACGCCCGAGUUAAUUUUACCACUAUUCCGUUGUCGGAUUUUCCGGUUACUAAAGACUAUAAAAUGGGGGAUUGGGGUUUUUAGGUAUGUACAUUUUAUGUGCAUCAUCGGGAAAGAGUUUAGGACUUUUUUAAUAAAAUUUCUCUGAAGUUGUUCUCGGCUGUGGUAGUCAUUUGCCUGCGAAGCCAGGCUAUUUGGUAUGAGUGAUAUAUUGAGAUGAUAUGGGAUGUAAAAAAAUAAAACUAUUCGGUUAUACAUCAGUACUAGUAGUUCACAAUCUUUACUUUCCGAAUACGAUUCGAAUCGUUUAAAUGUUUCUAUGUAUUAUUAUAAGUUUUAAUAGUUUAAUUAAUGAUUUCGGUCUGAAACGAUCAAAAAUACUUACGUAAUUCAAAAUGAGCGCACACGUAUAUUUUAACAUACACCAAAACUUAAUAAACCGCUGCUUGAAUUAUGUUCUCUAUUUUAAUAUAUUUUUUACAUUAUAUUGUCAAUAUUCAUUAUCACGGUAUAUCCGUUAACCCAAUUUGAAUAUAACUUAAGCUACGUACCGUUAAUUUAAAAAUCAUAAUAAGCAACUUAAAAAUAAGUUUCAUAAUCUUUAAUUUGAUGAUAUCUCUCUGCUGACUUAGCGUUUGCACAAUGAUAAUGAAUUUUCUAAGUUAUAAAUUAUUAGGUAUGGUACUAAUACGAUAAAUAAACACUGCACGCUGUAAUUCAGACAUAUUUAGAAUAGAAUAGAUAAAACUAUUGAAUUCAAAUUUCAAUCAAUUUAGCCGAUUUGGUGAGUAACAAUAUCGACCGGAAUUUCUUCGGGAGCCAAAAGGCACUGAAAGCUGUUCAAAAGCCUGUUUUGAUAGACUUUUAUAAAAAGCAAACUUACUCUUAGUUAUAACAUACCAUAGCGGAUACAUCAAUACUGAUAAUUUAUAGUACCUACCUAGUUGACGCAAGUCGCAAAUGUGCAAACCUAUGUACUGACAAGUGAGAUGAUUUUUCUGCCAUGUUCAUACAAACCGUAAAUUUAAAAUAAACUUGUAAUAAUCAUACAUUUAUUAUUCCCAAAUUCUUUUAUUACAGCCUUGUAUCGUUACUGGGAUUUCAACUAACGUUAUAAUUAAUUAUAUCUCUUCUAAAUAAUUAGUUUUGAUCAAUAUCAUUCAAGAGUGUCGUACAGUAUAUUGCCUUCUAGAUAAUUUAAACUUAAUUUCAAGUGCACUAAUAUAUUUUUAUGUUCGCAGGUGUCCGUAUUUAGUUAGACGCGAGACUGGCUGUCAUGAAGAUUGACCAUUGGCAAAAGAAAACUCUUCUGAUCGUGUUGAAUUUCACCUCGGCUAGGCAGUAUACGAAGGAAGGCUGUUGCGCUGAUCAUCAGCAGCGAAGACAUCAUUUUAAUUAGUCUAAUCAAAUACUGCAAAAUACGCAAUGUAGAAAAUUUGAGACCAUUACAUUACAGUAGUUUAUACAAUAUUAAUUUUUUUAUGAAACUACUGACGUAUAUCAGCAAUAAUUUAAAAAAACAUAAUGUGGAAUUGCAAAUAGACUCAAUGUUAGUAGUGCCUUAAAUGUUUUUCAAUAUCACAAUAUUUAGAAUAUUUUACAAAACAUUCCGAGGUAUAAUAGUUAGACUGAUUGUUCAUGAAUAUUGUUGUAAGACAGAUUAGGUUUGUUGCUACCCUUUUGUUUCAUUUAGACUUUUGUUAGGACUUAUGCAUAUAAAUAAUUGCAGUAUUAUUGAGACUAACUUAGAUAUAUAGCAGCAUCGGUGAGACGCCGGUUGUAGUUUUAAUGAUUACGACUACAACAGUGGUUAGGUAGUUAAAAAUAUGAUUUUGUUUGUCUGUCAUGUAUCAAUUACAUAAUAACGUUACGAGAAACACCAUUGUAACAAUAUGAUGUACCUACCUACAUAAACGACUUUUGUAAAACUAUUAAAUCAAUAUACAUUAUCAUGAUUUGAA